UCCUUUCCACGUAUCAUAGGCGGUUGGGCUUUGCGGAUGAGCGGUCGGUCGAUCAAAGAAGGUUCUGUGGGCUUUAGGUUGCAAAAUAAUGCAAGGCGCUGUUCUCUUGGCUGCGCAACCACUCCGAGUGAAGUUGCUGGGGAGCAACAAUUCCAGUACUGGUAAUCCGUCCGCCACCGCAGGCGCCGGCAAUCCAAGCUUGAUGGCGGCCGCUGGUCCGAAGUGGGCUCAGAAGACUGUUACGCUGCCUCCUCAUAGGCGGGGCUGUCAUCUCAUCACCCCGAAGAUAAUGAAGGAAAUUGGGAAUGACCUGUCAGAAUUCAAAUGUGGCCUUGCUCACAUCUUCUUGCAGCAUACGAGUGCCUCUCUUACCAUCAAUGAAAACUAUGAUUCGGAUGUUCGGAGUGAUACUGAAACCUUCCUCAACAAUAUAGUGCCUGAAGGUACAUCUGCUCCUUGGAAGCAUACACUUGAAGGCCCGGAUGACAUGCCCGCGCACAUUAAAUCAUCAAUGUUUGGCUGUGCACUCACGGUUCCAAUUACAAAUGGAAAGUUUAAUAUGGGUACUUGGCAGGGAAUAUGGCUAUGUGAGCACCGAGACCACCCCACUGCACGCAAUAUUGUGGUCACCCUGAAUGGAAUUUAGGUGAUGAUAAGAGUUGGAGCUUUUGCUUGCCCAACUAUUUCCCCUGGUUGUAUCAAUGUCAAUAAUAAACUGAUCUCCUUGCCUUGGCAAAACUGAACUGUAGACUCGGAGUCUGGGGACCAUGUGAAAUCACCCCUCUUUUUUUUUCUUUUAUUUGAGAUGGUUGUUAAUUUUUUUAUCAUUUAGUUAUGCUUGUAUAUUGGUCAAUUUUAUUGGGAGAGAUAUAUGAUGAAUAUGAACCCAUUAGCAUUC